GACGUCCGUCACAGGGUAUGACGCCGUCUUAUGGAGCAGCACAUCCUACAUCAUCGGCAAGCGAAACUUCCGCCAGCGACACACAGAUCAACCGGGACCCCGUCCACGUCUGCGCUUCACCGCCCGACAGGCUGCACUGCGCCAGUGGCCAGUGCCAGCGCUCGUCUGAUCGCUGGACGGCGCUGCUGCAGGUGCUCGUUCGCUGUCGUCCAUCACGCAGCCUCUGCAUCCCGCCUCCGCCUGCAACACUGGCCGAGUGUCGAGAGCCCUGUGACCUGCGAGGCUGGCACUGGGGCAGAAAUUAAAACGCUGGAUGGCCCUCGGGAUGGCGAGGAGCCGCGAUGAGCGUGGCAACCGAUUCUACGACGAUGGCCAAUAUUUAGACGAGAACCGAGACCGCACACACCGUCACCGACACCGCACCCAGCAAAACGACGACGACGAAUACACCGCCGCGAAGCGGGAGCGACGAGAGCGCCGCCGCCAGGCAGAGGUCGACCUGGAUGAAGUGCGAGCCAAACGCGAGUCGUACUACGCCAGGCAAGAGCCCGAGCCGCAGCGCUACCGUGACCACGAUCGCAUGGCCCAGGCGACACGGACAGAGAGGACGAAGGAGCCGCGCAGCAGCCAGCGGGAGACCCAGAAGGAUGCCGCCCGGAAGACGACCAAGAAGAAGAGGGAGACGCUCGCCGACCACGGCGUCGAGGACUUCGUGUUUGGGAGGCCCAAGUCGAGUGGCUACGUCGAGGAGGUCACUGUGAGGAGGUCGUCCACACGCAGGCGGAGCGAAGAGGGCGGGUCGAGCAGGACCGCAUACACUCCGCUCUCAGGGUCUGGUUCUGCCUCAGUGCGGAGGGUCGAGAUUCCAAAGCCCAGCAGAACCACGUCCACUCGUGAACAAGCUAAAACCACGACCGCUCGUGAGCCAACCAGGACCACGUCCACCCGCGAACCAAGCCGAACGCAUGCCUCGCGACCUUCUACGCGGCACGCGAGCACCCCCAAGCCGUCUCCCGUGCCUGCUCCGGCCCCAAUCUCAAGAUCGCAAUCCAUACGGGAGACUGCUACUCCAAUCUCACGAUCCCAAUCUGCACGGGAGGCUUCGCGGAAGAGCACCGGAGGGCUUUUGUCAAGCCUUUUCAGAGCCCCCCCGCCACGCACACCAUCAGCUCCCGUGUACAAGGAACCUCAAAGGGUUGAGUGUCUGGUCUGCAUGAACGAUGACCUUCCCCUGCACAAGACAGUCAAGCUUGCUUGUGGCCACCGAAUGUGCAAUUCCUGCUUGAAGCGUCAGUUCACUCUUUCGGCUCAGGACGCGCAACACAUGCCCCCAACGUGCUGCACCGCGGAACACAUCCCUUUGAAAUAUGCCGAGCGACUGUUUGACGACAAGUUCAAGAAACUCUGGAACAAGAAGUACCAAGAAUACACAACUGCCAAUCGGCUAUAUUGCCCUUCCAAAGGGUGCGGCGAAUGGAUCAAGCCUUCAAAAAUUCGCAUGGACCUGACAUAUGGACGAAAGUAUGCACGAUGCGGCCGAUGCACUACAAAAGUGUGUGUUUUGUGCAGUGCCAAGUUUCACACAAAACGCGAGUGUCCGAAAGAUGAAGAAACCAACCGUUUGGUGCAGAUGGCGAAGGAGAAGGGAUGGCAGAGGUGCUACAACUGCAAGGCCGUGGUUGAAUUGAAGGAGGGGUGUAAUCACAUGACCUGUCGCUGCACGGCUCAAUUCUGCAUGGUUUGCGCAUUGCCAUGGAAGACUUGCGACUGCCCCUGGUUCAACUAUCAGCACAUCGACGACGACGAUCGUCUCAACGACGCGCGGGUCCCCCAGGCCAGACAGCAAGACGUAAUCGAAGUGAUUGAGAUGCCCGACGAUCCUGCUCCCCUACCGGCUCGACGGAGCAGUACUCGCACCCGCCAACGCACUGAACGAGAGCGGCCUGCUGAACAGCCAGAGCGGGUACUUGCAGCACGCUUGCAAUCCCGACUUCAUCUCAAUCCAACCCCGACCGCAUCAGAGCGGAGUCGCGCCAACCCAGUAGGCCAGGUUCAUGGUCUGGGCAACGCGGGCGGGCAUCACAUGAACGAGUCUUAUGCUGUCCGUCCCACGCCUCCUGUAGCCCAACCUCGCGCCCGCGCGCCCCCUCCCCGGACGUCAUUCUUCAGUAGUCGCCGAGUCUCGCGAGAAGCUCCAGUUCCUGCCCGCCCUACGGCUCCGCGUGUUGUGACUGCAUCAGCUAUGGCUGGGUUGUCGAGAGAUGGAACGAAGCGCGGCGCGAACAGAGUAGGGACUUGGCUCAGUCAUAUCAUGCUCGACGCCGAAGCCAUUAAUACGCAGGCGAGAGACGUCGAGGUCGAUGAUUGGAGGUGUGAUGGGACGAUGAUUGGUAUCGACUAAACAUAUCUUCGUUUUGGUCAUAUCGCACUGUAUAGUAUUGCACUUCAUUUGGGCGCAUUUAGAGAUUUGUUUUUGGAGUUGGAUAGCAUAGGCGCACACCGCGAGAUACCCUUUCUUC